UAUCAUAUUAUACGCGGAUCAACACUAUUACCUAUACUCUUACAAAUCUCAUAACGAUUUCGCAAUAUCGCAUUACUAUUUACCGUUUACCUAUUAUAGGUACAGUACGUAAUAUCAAAAUAUGGUAUAAACCACUUAAAUAUAUGCUUGCUGCGAAACGGUCUUCUACCGCGGUACAGUCUACAAUAGUGUAUCGUAUAUGAUACGACCCGCCAAUACUAUAUUAUUCUUGAACCCGGCUGCGUCCUUUUUAGAUCACGAUAUCAAUUUUAAUAUAUUCGUAUGCGCUUCAAAUAUAGGUAAUUUAAUAUACCUAUUAUACCUCUAUAUAUUUACGAUAUACGAAGCUUUAAUAUMAUAAGUACACCUUAGCAAUAUAAUAUAAUAUAAUAUAUAUAUACAUUGCUAUCAAGAAACAAAUAAAGACACGUCAUCAUGGAGUGCCCCAAACCUUCGUUUCUCAUUAGAGACUUGAUCAGAGACGUCUUACAAACUUCAAAAUCUUCAGAUAUGUCCAGCGACGAAGGCGCCACCGAUAUGGAUGACCGUACGCUGGCAGUCAGUAAUUUUUCUGCACUUCCAUUGUUGGUCCAAAAACACCACCACCACCAUCACUACCAACAACAUCAAGACAUGAUGACUGGGAAGUCAUGCGGACGGAAGGUUAGGCGCAGGAGAACAGCGUUUACACACGCCCAAUUGGCUUAUCUCGAACGCAAGUUUCGUUCUCAGAAGUAUUUGUCCGUAGCUGAUCGCAGUGACGUAGCUGAAGCAUUGAACUUGUCAGAAACACAAGUCAAAACGUGGUACCAAAAUCGAAGGACGAAGUGGAAGCGUCAGAACCAAUUGCGCCUUGAUCAGCUGCGCCAACAGUCGGUUGAGCCGCAGUCGGAAACAUCAGCAGCCGCCACCGAGUACGGACAGCACCACAAUAAACAACAGCAYCAGCAGCACAGGCUGCACUCGGCGGAACCGCACCACGGCCGACAAGAGCACAGAGUGUACGUACCGUCGUCGGCAGCGUCUACGGACUCUGACAUGCAGGCGGCCGCGGAAGUGUCGGCUGCAUCAYCAUUGACUUCGUCGACAGCCGCAGUGGCUGCGGCCGCGUUCAUCGGCGCGCCGUACCCGGGAGUGGCCAACGAAGCGCGGUGGAACUUUCUGACCACGGCUGCGGCCAUUGUGCGGAACGUGUCGUACGUGCAUGGGUGUCACAUGUAAACAACAAAUUAAUAAUAAUUAUAAUAUAUAGGUAGUUUAAUGUUAUAAUUUAUUGCAAUAUGAUUUAGUUCACAUAUUAUUAUUUUUCAUUCACAUAAUCGGCACGGAUUGUAUACAGGGUGGUCGUACGAACGAUAAUAUCAUAAUAUUACAUACCUACUAUAUUACUAUASCAAAGUUUUAAAUAAAUAUAAAUAUAUUUGAGCAAUAAAUCUUCACGCACAAUAUGUAACGUACUAGUUUCAUAAAGCUUUUUGAAAUUAGUUAUAAAUAGUAAGUACUUCAUUUAACCUUGAACCGUGGUCUUCUAAUUUUUUUGAUGGGGAUAAGCUAAGUCAAUCUUUGUCUUUUGCAUGCAAUUUUUGACUGCAUAUUAUAUUAAGGUAUUUGAGUAUUGMGGUAUUUGAGCUUCCUUUAUAAAUAUAAUUUAACUACUUAAAAAGGUCAUGGUAGAUAAUUGAAACGGACUAAGAUAUUCUUCUUCUUCUUCUUCUUCUUUCGGGUUUGUCGGCCAUUAAGACCAUCCCGCCGGCCACCACACAUACAAUUCUCCAGCUUUCCCUAUCCAAAGCUCGUACUUUACAAUCAGGUCCUCCAUUCAGUUCCACCUAACUAAGAUAUUAUAAAAUACUACAACAACAGCAUUUAAAAAAAGCUAUAUAGAUAUGUAAUUUAUGAUUUUAUAACCUCCCUAUUUGAAAMUACCAUUUAAGGGAGUCGAGUAUAUGCACCGACUUCCUGCCUGUUUUGKAUACUCGCUUCACCCAGGAAUAAAAUUUAAAUAUCACAAACAUAAAUCAUUAUAUUUAGUAUAAAUAGUAUAAUGAUAAUUACCUUAUAG